AGGCUCCGCCCCGCGCGGAGGGAGCCGCCAUUGCGGGUUGUUUGUGCGGUCCGGCGGGCGCGGAGGGAGCGCGGGCCGAGGCGGCGCGGCGGCCGCGGACUCUUUGCCCGCCAUGUCCACCCCGGCCCGGCGGCGGCUGAUGCGCGACUUCAAGAGAUUGCAAGAGGACCCUCCUGUGGGUGUCAGUGGUGCACCAUCCGAGAAUAAUAUAAUGCAGUGGAAUGCAGUUAUAUUUGGGCCAGAAGGGACACCUUUUGAAGAUGGUACUUUUAAACUAGUAAUAGAAUUCUCCGAAGAAUAUCCAAAUAAACCUCCAACUGUUAGGUUUCUAUCAAAAAUGUUCCAUCCAAAUGUGUAUGCGGAUGGCAGCAUAUGUUUAGAUAUUCUUCAGAACCGCUGGAGUCCAACAUAUGAUGUUUCAUCUAUUUUAACUUCAAUUCAGUCUCUGCUUGAUGAACCCAAUCCAAACAGUCCAGCAAACAGUCAGGCAGCACAGCUUUACCAGGAGAACAAACGUGAAUAUGAGAAAAGAGUUUCAGCUAUUGUGGAACAAAGUUGGAAUGAUUCGUAACAGCUGCUGUGUUACUCUCCAUCCUCAUAAUCCUUAUGUACAAUUUAACUCUCAGUAGAAAGGCUACCAGAAAUUUCAAGUGCCACAGUUCUAUGAAUUUGCAUAAAACCUCAUUUGCAAACAAAAUUAAGCCCUCCAGUUUAGGAAAGCUAAAAGCUUGUGUAUCUCAAUUAACGUCCUUUUUAUUGCAUGGUAUGAACUAAGUUAUUGCUACAUAAAUUUGUAAUAUAUCCUGUUUGUAUUUUUUUUCCAAGUGUAUAAUGUUGGUGUGGAGUUUUCAUGACAGAAUAUACACAUUUUGUAAAUCUGUACUUUUUUCAAAUAUUGAAUGCCUUAUUUUUGAAUUCUUUAGAUUUUUAAAUUGGAGAAAAGCACUUAAAGUUUUUAUAUAUGAAUAUUUCAUGUAAAACUGUUAAAUACAUAACCUUAGUGCAAGACAUUCUGCUCUCACUCUG